CGUCUUCCUGUGACCUGUGAUUGUUACUUGAAAGUGUGGAAAUGCAGAACAGAUCUGCUGUUAUUAUGAAAGGCCCAUCUGUGACAGGUGGAAAGGAGGACGCUAUGUUAAGAGCUUGUUCUGUGCAGUUCUCAUGGAGGUGACUUGUGUCCUAUGGGGAAUGUCUCCAGGCUGCAUUCCACUCUGGGUUCUUUGCCUCUGGCAGUUCUCCGUGAUCACUCCUGUAUUGGGGUCCCCCACGCCACUCCCAGGCUCCAUGAUUCACUGGAAGGACUCAUAGGAAUCAGCCUAGGGUUAUAUUCACAGCUGUGAUUUCUUACAGCAGCAGGACACAAAGUACAGUCAACAAAGGAAAAGGCAAGUGGACCAAAGUCUGGAGGGAACCAGAGGCAAGCUCCCUCGAGUCCUCUGCCAGUGGAACCACACAGGACACGCAUUUACCCGCCUAUUAAUGUGCUGCCCUCGUUGUCUCGGUGAAUGAAGUCUGCUACUGGAGAAGGUAUGACCAGAAAGGAUCACGCCGAUGUAUCUAACCAGCUGUAUGCAUGCUAUGCUAUUGGUAAGGAUGUGCAGGCCAUGAAAGCCGUAGUUGGAGAAGAAGCCCUUACCUCAGAUGAUGUGCUUUACUUGGAAUUUCUGCAGAAGUUUGAGAGGAACUUCAUUGCUCAGGGUCCUUACGAAAACCGCACUGUCUAUGAGACUUUGGACAUUGGCUGGCAACUGCUCCGAAUCUUCCCCAAAGAAAUGCUGAAGAGAAUCCCUUAGAGCACCUUGAGCGAAUUCUACCCUCGAGACUCUGCAAAGCAUUAGCUGCUACUUCAUCGCUGGCUCGAUGCUCUUGUGAAAUACUGGUUCUGUUUUCUUUAUUCCUUUUGCAGUCCCCCAUCCCCACCUUUGUGUUGGAGUUUACUGUGUUACCCUGUAAUGAAAAACAAAGAAUAGGUAACAUAUUGUGCCAGUGUUGCAAUGUUUUAAAUUGCUAACAGACUUUAAAAUAUCCCCUGUUCCGAAAACCUGGAACUGCAGUGCUUUGUUUAAAGUAGCUGAGGGUUGGAGGUGAAGUUUUCUUACUGAUGUGUGUAUUUGUACGUAGUGGUGUAGUUAGCUGCCUAGUGUCCUCAUUAUUUGGGUCUCUCAGACCUUCCCUGUCCACCCCCUCCAGAGUAUCACUAUCUGAAGUUACAAUGCUUUGAUCUCCAAACUAGGGACAAGAUAGGGUCUGAAAGACGCUUCCUCUCCGAGCCGAGACGCUUUCCUGAGCGCUUGUUUUUAGACUUUGGUGGGCCUCUGGGUCUGCUCUAAGCAGAUGGCUUUUCCUGUCCACCUGCUGUUUCCUAUUGAAUGAAUAGGUUAGAAAAGGAGUUUCCUUUUCCUCUUUGGUGCGGAUAAGUUUCAACUCCUGUGUCUUACUGUUCUCCCUCCCUCUGAGUAACACAGAAUCAUGCAGCUUUUGCCCAACUGGCAUUGAUCUGAUAGUAGUGAGAUGCCCUGUCUUGAUGAUCCCUUACUGGGUUUCCAUGCAGAGGAAUCAUAAUGAAAAUAAUUAAUAGAAUUGUUGGUUGGAAAGAGUGGGAUACAAUUUUUUAAGAAAGAAAAAACCUAUAUCGGUUCUACAUUCGGACAUGCUAACAGUGGUUUUAAGUUUCUAAAGUGUUGACCGGAUGCUAAAGGCAAGGUGGGGAAGAGAAAGCUCUUCUGUGUAUGGAAUCUUUUUUAUAUAUAUAUAAUCUGUGGAUAUUUUAAACUCUGUUAGAUAGCAGCCU